GCAAAAAAUAUGCAAAGUUUUUAACUUGCCCACUUGUCUUGUCUUAGAAAUGAUUAUUAUUAUCUUGUAGUAAUUCAAAUAGAAUUAUUUAACCAAGUUUUAAUUCCACCAAAAUGGGUGAUGAGGAUGAUUGGCAGAAACUAACUAUCGAGGACAAAGUUGUCCAUAAGGUUUGGAAGGCGAGACUGGCAGGAUACGAAGAAGCAGCAAAGCGUUUUCGUCUAAUUGAUGAUGAGAAGAGUCCAGAAUAUAACAAUUUUCUUGGUCUAAUCAAAAAAUUUGUUGUGGAUUCUAAUGCUGUUGCUCAAGAAAAAGGGUUGACAGCUGUCCUUUCUUAUGUUGAAAAUGCAGCCUGUGCCACCAAAUGUUGUGGUGACGUUAUAUCUGGGAUUGUAACAAAGGUUUUAAAUGCAAGACCUAAAACAAAACAACUUGGAAUUGACAUCUGUCUUAUGUAUAUUGAAUUGGAGAAGCAAGAUAUUGUUAUAGAAGAGCUUACCAAUGGUUUUGGUAACAAGCAACCAAAAAUUAUUGCUGCAUGUAUUCAAACAGUUUGUCAAGCUCUAAGAGAAUUUGGAGGUAAGGUGAUUAUGAUGAAAGGCUUGGUCAAGCAGAUCCCUAUCUUGUUGGGACACAGUGAUAAGACAGUCAGGGCGGAGGCUAAACAACUUGCCAUUGAAAUUUACAAAUGGAUACGUGAUGCAAUCAAACCACAACUGCAAAACAUAAAACCAGUUCAGUUAAAAGAAUUAGAAGACGAGUGGGCAAAUGUUGACCCGGCACCCCCUAAACCAACUCGUUUCACAAAAUCAGAACAAGCGAAGAUAGCAGCUGCACCUCCACCUGUUGAAACUACUGAUGGUGACAAUGAGGAAUCUGAUUCGGCUGUUGGAGCAGGUGGACCAGCAGUUGUUGUUGAUCCAUAUGACUUGUUUGAUCCUGUGGAGAUUUUGUCAAAACUACCGAAAGAUUUUUAUGAGCAAGUUGAGAGCAAGAAGUGGCAAGAGCGAAAGGAGGCAUUAGAAGCUUUAGAUAAACUGACGUCAAAUCCAAAACUAGAACCAGGCCAAUAUGGGGAAGUGUGUGCCGUGUUAAAAAAGAUUAUUACAAAAGACAGCAAUAUAAAUGUGGUUGCGCUCGCUGCAAAAUGUGUAACAGGUCUUGCAAAUGGAUUACGAAAAAAAUUUCAAACCUAUUCAGGUUUAUUGAUAUCUGCCAUAUUUGGAAAGUUUAAAGAGAAGAAAUUGAAUGUUGUGAUAGCUUUAAGAGAUGCGGUAGAUGCAGUAUUUGCUACGACAAAUUUUACAAGCAUUAUGGAAGAUCUCUUAGCCGCUCUUGAUAACAAGAAUCCCUCUAUUAAAGAUGAGACUUGCAAGUUUUUAACACGAGUGUUUAUAGGAAGUACACCAGCAACACUGCCAAAAGCAGUUUUAAAACAGAUAGCACCAGCUGUUGUAAAAAAACUUGAUGAUACAGUAGGCCCAGUUCGUGAUAGUGCUGCUGAGUGCCUUGGGACAGCAAUGAAAGUAAUUGGAGAAAGAGCAAUGGGUCCGUACUUGGAAACUCUUGAUAAAUUAAAGCAAGACAAGGUGAAGGAAUUUUUUGACAAAGCUGAACUUACUGCUGCACCUGGUAGUGGUGGUGGCAGUGGUGGUAGUGCUCCUGCUAAAACUGUGCCAUCCAAACCUGCAGCAGCUCCAACUAAGAAAGAACCUGCAAAGAAACCACCAGCAGUAGAAUCAACUGAUUCGAAACCACCUGCAAAGAAAGCUACUGGAAAACCCAAGAAAGCAGUUGCUUCAAAGAAAACUGCUGGGAAAACUGCACCUAAGAAAAAAAAGAAGAAAGGUGAUGAUUUUAAUGCUGAUCAAGCAGAACCUACAGAUCCAGAAUUGCCUGAAGGGACUGUUGAAUGCAAAGCUGAGGAAAUGUUUGGCGAGGCUCGAUUAACUCAGAUGGCUAGUUCCAACUGGAAAGAGAGACUUGAAGCUGUUGAUGAAAUGACAAAGGUCAUUGAAGGUAUGAGUGGUGAUAGUAUCAAUGCACAAGUUGUUGUAAGAACACUUGCCAAAAAGCCUGGAUGGAAAGAUAGUAACUUUCAGGUAUUAAAUGGUAAAUUUAAGCUGUUAGCAGCUCUUGCUGCAAAAUCUGACUUCACAAGACGUAGUGCAUGGUAUGCCAUUGCGGGAUUGACAUCAAAAAUAGGAGAUAUUAAGUUAAAAACUCAAGUCAAGGAAACGUUAAAAAUAUUUGCUGAAAAUAUAUCACUUAACUACAUCAGCCUAAAGGUUGCCAAAGCUGCUGAAGAAGCCAAAAACCCUAAAUUACAAACCGAAGCACUUAUCUGGAUGAGCGAGUCAGUUAGAGAGUUUGGUUUCAGAAUUGACUUAAAGCCUCAUGUUGCAUUUAUUAAAACUUCGUUGGCUCAUGUGAACCCGGGUGUUCGCAAAGCUGCAAUAGAAUUCUUAGCAACUUUAUACAUCUUUGUUGGAGCAAACCUCCGUAUUUUUUUUGAAGAAGAAAAAGCUGCUGUGCUUCAACAAAUUGAUUCAGAAUUCGAAAAAGUUAAAGAUGAGAAGCCACCUGCUCCAACUAGAAGAUACAAAGAUGAUGAAGAAGAGGAGGCUGGUGAUGAAGGUGGCGAGGAAGGUGAAGAUGAUGCAGAGGACGGUGGUGGAUCAGGAAGUGUCAGUUUGGAAGAUAUGGUCGAUCGAGUCAGUAUCAGUGACCAGCUAACAGAUGCUGUUCUUGCUAAAAUAAUGGAUAAAAACUGGAAAAUCCGAAAAGAAGGUCUGGAAGAAGUUCAAGGGUUUAUCAGUGCUGCUAAGUUUAUCACACCAGACAUCAAUGAGCUGCCAGCGUCGCUAAAAGCACGAUUGUCUGACAAUAACAAAGUGUUGGUUACCAUGGCAAUCUCUAUUUGUAAACAGUUAGCAGAGUCUGGUGGGAAUGGGAUGUCGAGACAUAAAAGCGUGAUUCUGCCAGCCUUGAUUGGAACCUUUUCGGAUGCCAAGCCACAUUUAAGAAAAGCUGGUGAAGAAGCACUCGACGCAUGGCAUUCAAAGAUUGGCUUUUUACCACUUUUGGACAAUGAAAUUUUAUCCACAGCGAUGCGAGAAUCCAAUCCUAACCUAAAAGCCACGUUAUUGGGCUGGUUGGAAAAGAAACUUCCUAACGAGAAAAAGCUUCCUGCAGAGCUUAAAGAUUGCAUCCCACCAUUGUUUUGUUGUUUGGAAGAUCGAAACCCUGAUGUUCGAAAGGCAGCUCAAGCUGUUGUUCCUUUAAUGAUGGCACAUGUUGGAUUCGAAUCGAUGAGCAAAGCUACAUCUAAAUUGGACCCUUCAUCGAAGACAGUAGUGCAAGGUAUUUUAGAGAAAGCUAAAGAAGUAUGUGUUCCUAUCGCUGCACCCGGCAAGAAAAGUGGUAGCAAAGCUGCUUCAAAAGGCGCGGGUGCUGCUCAGGCUGCCAAAUCUGCCGCUGUGGCUGCAGCAGCUGCCGCAUCUGCUGUGGAGAGUACGAAGGAACCGGCUGUGUCAAAGAAGACUGCACCGAAGAAGGAUGAUAAACAUACCAAGGCAGAAAGCAAGAAGGCUUCUGCCCCUUCAAAAAGUCGUUCUAAGAAAGAUGUUGUUGAAGAUGAUGGCCCUGCUAUCCUUCAUAAAAUUGGUAAAGCUGAGCGAAUUAAAGAUGAAAAGAAAUUAAAAGUUUUGAAGUGGAACUUUACCACUCCAAGAGACGAGAUGGUGGAACAAUUAAAAGAUCAGAUGGCACCAUGUUUUAGCCCUUCAAUGCAUGCGAAGUUGUUUCACAAAGAUUUUAAAUUUCAUAUAGAAGCAGUAGCCAUUCUGACAAAUGCUGUGACGGAAUACAACGAAGCCGUUAUGGAAUCUCUGGAUUUAAUCCUAAAGUGGGUCACCUUACGUUUCUUUGAUACAAACACUUCAGUGUUGUUGAAAACUUUAGAGUUUUUAAAUGCGCUGUUUAACAUGAUGGAAAGCAAUGAAAAACACCUGAGCGCGUUUGAAGCAUCCGCUUUCAUACCGUACCUUGUUGGAAAGGUUGGUGAUCCUAAAGACAAUGUUCGGAAAUCAGUUCGAGAUAUAUGUAAACUUAUCACUUCUAUUUAUCCUGCAAGCAAAAUGUUCACUUAUUUAAUGGAGGGACUUGCCUCAAAGAAUUCUAAAUCAAGAAUGGAGUGCUGUGACGAACUUGGUUUUCUCAUCACAAAGUUCGGAAUGGAAGUGUGUCAACCAGGACCGAAAGUUUUAAAAGAAAUUGCAGGUCAAAUCUCGGAUCGUGACAACGGCGUACGUUCAGCUGCUCUUAACUGCAUUGUUGCUGCUUACAAUAUCAUCGGUGAAGCUGUAUAUAAAUACGUUGGAAGGCUUUCUGAAAAAGAUCAAAGUUAUUUAGAAGAACGAAUCAAGCGCACUGGAAAGAAAGAUCCAGGACCACCUCCGAAAACUGCCGCCCCAGCCAAAGCUAGACAAGCUGUUGAACGUCCUAAAACAGCUAAAAACCCGGAUUCCUCGGACGGAGGACAAGAGAGAAACGAACCUGUACAAAGUAGAGGAUUACAAAGACCGGCAACUGCACCUAAUAUUAAGCGUGAGUUUGAGUUAGAUUUCCAAUCUAUCGAAGGAGACGAAGGCGAGCUUGUUGGUUCCAUGCCAAAGUUACGAAAUGUUGAUUUAAGUGAUGUAUUAGCGGCUGCCAGUAUACCGCAAAACUUACGCCAAGCUUACACGGACUCAAAUAAAAAAAAUCAAACCAUGAACCAAUCUACUAUGGAAGAUGUGGCCACGCUGCUCGAUCUGACGAUAGCGAAGAUCUCCAGCGCAGAUAUUCAUGUGGCCAUGGAAUCGUUAAUUCAACUGGAGGAUGUGUUCAAAAAAAAGAAGACCGACAGUGAAAUAUUAAAAAGAAUAGAUCAGUACUUGGUGACGUCACUAGUUCAGUCCAAAAUGCUUUUCUCUCGCCACAUUGAAAACAAACAGAAUUCAAGUGAAGAUCUGGAACGCGUGUUAAAGUUGUUGCUUAGUGGUAUGCUUGCGUUAUUUGAUGCGCAAUGUUACGCCAGCCUCGUUUCGAGAAAUGUGUUACGAGAUGUCAUCUUGUAUUUCAUCACAGUCUUAAAUGAUAAAGUUUUGGAGAAAUUUGAAGAGCCUGAACUGUCAAUUCAAUGCGUAAAUAGACUUUUGCUACGUGUUAUUACGAAUUCCGACAAAACUAGCUGUCUCGGUGCUUGUGUGAAGUUACUACAAGAACUGUCAGAAAACCUCAAUACAUCUUCGACAUUGAUUAAACUGGUCAUGAAAUGCAUUUGGAAGCUGACACAUUUGUUACCAGAUUUUAUUGCCGAAGUAAAACUCGAUAGUAUUGUACUGGACAUUCAUAAUUUUUACAAAGUGUUACCGGCAUCGUUCUGGCGAAACAGAAGUGAUCGUGUCCCGCAACAAACCGUAAAAGCUCUGCUACAAACUCUCUGUAAAUUGCGAGGAGAUGAACUUUUAGAAUGUUUGAAUACUAUUGAAGACAAAAAUGCAAGUGAAGUGCCUCAGUUUAUCGUUAAGCAUUGUUCUAAAGGAAAACUGCUGCCGACAGAAAAAGUUAACUUUCACCCAAGCACAUCGCCACCUGUGAAAGUUGGGCCACCCACAAACGAAGCACUUGUCGAAAUAUUUAAAAAAAUUGGUUCGAAAGAAAAUUCCAGAACAGGCAUCAUCGAGUUAUAUUACUUCAAAAAGAAAUAUCCUGAUUACAACGUCGAUCCAUUCAUUAAAAACACAUCCCCUUUCUUUCAAAGUUUUAUCGACCGCUCUCUCAAGACGAUCGCUGUUGAAGAGAAUGAAAAACAAUCAAGUACAAACGGUAAUACGUCAUCACGACCACUCACAUCAAGUUCAGUGGAUUCAAAUAUAUCAUCAGAUUCAGCGAAAUAUCUCGAUCGGUUGCAAGCAUUAAAAGAUAAAUAUCAGAAAUCCUCCUCUAAUCAGACCGGCGUAAGUUCCAUAAAUACCACCACAGACAUUUCUCAGCCUCCGCCUGAAGAAGAACCCCAACCAACUGUCGUGCCUGAAGUGAAAGCAAACACAGAAGAAAAGAAAAAUUUCGACCUCGACGAUAUAAAAAGAAGAUUAGAAUUAAUUAAAGCGGGUAAAAAAUAAAAAAGGAUGUUGGGUAAAAAUAAGAAGCUUGCUGGGAAACUUAUCUCCAUUAAUCGACAACAAACGUAUAUCAUUGCAUGUUAGUUAGCAUAAUUUAUCGUCUAUUUCAUCUAAGUUAUUUUUGUUAAACACCGUAUAUCGUAGAAUUUGGAUGACUCACAUGAACUCGGAAGCUGCAUCUGUCGCCUAUAUAAAUAUAAAGUUGUUUGUAAAUUAUAUAUUUCUUUCUCUUAGUAUUUCAGUUUUUCUUUUGAAUUCGAUGGUCCAUAAGUUUACAAGUUCUUUGUUUCUGGUGUAUGUCAUGUGCUACUAAUUAUAACGUUGCUCCUUUGUAGUUGCACGUGUGCUACUUUGUAACUGGGUGUACUAUUUUCUAACUGGAUUAGCUACUUUGUAACGUUGCAGUUUACACAUACAUACAUGUUAACGGAAGUCUAUUUUUAAUGAUUUGUUAUUUUUGUUUUUAUUUAUUAAGUAGACUUCAAAUAGAUUCUCUAUUCAGGAAAA